AUGGCACAACAUUUAGCUUUGCAUUCGAUUAGGACCAUGGCUGUUCGUAUGUUACUUAGGCCCACCACCACCAAUUUGACUAUACAGAGAAAGGCAGGAGGAAAUGUUACAGCUUCUGCCCCUCCUAGGAGCAUCAGGACUGAGGCUGACCUCCCUGAGGUUACCCUUCCUACAAUACUGUACAAGAUGAUUUUCAAAGGGUACUACAAUCGCAUGCAUGAGCUGCAGUUGUAUGAGAAACAACUUUAUGGCUCCAUGUACAAAGUAAAGGCUGGCAGCGUGGUUACUGUUUCUUUAAGUAGUGUGCAAUUUUUGGAGGAACUGUUGAGAAAAGAUGAGAAGUUCCCUUGUAGAGGAGACAUGACUGCAUGGACUGAAUAUCGAAAGAUAAAGGACUUAGGCUAUGGCCCCUUCACUGAAGAAGGAGAAAAGUGGUACAAACUCCGAUCAGUGCUGAACAAACGUAUGCUGCAUCCAAAGGAUGCAAUGAAGUAUGAGAAUGUGGUUAAUGAGGUAGUCACAGAUUUUAUGAAAAGGAUAUGCCAUCUGCGCAAGAUGAGCUCCACUGGAGACCUGGUACCCGACAUGUCCAAUGAGCUGUACCGUUUCUCUCUAGAAGGAAUCUCCCGCAUACUGUUUGAGACUCGGAUUGGCUGUCUGGAGGAUGAGAUUCCAGCUGAGACUCAAAAUUUCAUUAACUCCAUUGCCCAGAUGUUCACUUACAUUCUUCCUGUGUCCGUGCUUCCCAAGUGGACAUGGAAUUUUUUGCCAUUCUGGCAGCGCUAUGUGGCUGGUUGGGACGGAAUCUUCAGAUUUGCCUGCAAGCUAAUUGACAGGAAGAUGGAGGACAUUCAGAUGCGCUUGGAUGCAGGUCAGGAUACUGCAGGAGAGUACCUCAGCUAUUUACUCUCUAACACCAACCUGAGCAAGAAGGAUGUGUAUGGGAGCAUUGCUGAACUGCUCCUGGCAGGAGUGGACACAACAUCCAACACUAUGAUGUGGGCCUUGUACCUGUUGUCACGGCAUCCAAAGACACAGGACACACUGUAUCAGGAAGUGACCAGCGUUGUAAAUGGGGACAAAAUUCCAACGACUGAAGAAAUAAACAGCAUGCCCUACCUCAAGGCUGUCAUCAAGGAGACUCUCAGAAUGUACCCAGUUGUUCCCAUAAAUGGACGUCUUUUAUCAGGAAGUGAUGUGGUAAUUGGAGGACUCUUCUUCCCUAAAAAGACCUCAUUUUCGAUCAACCAUUAUGCGAUCAGUCAGGAUGAGACAAUUUUCCCUGAACCAAGAAUCUUCAAGCCUGAACGCUGGUUACGGGAUGGGAGGGAAAGGCCUAAUCCAUUCGGCUCCAUCCCAUUCGGGUUUGGAGUGAGAGGAUGUGCUGGUCGACGGAUUGCUGAACUAGAGAUGCACCUGGCUCUGGCAAGGAUAAUAAAGCUGUUUGAAGUGAAGCUGGAUCCCAGCAUAGGAGAGGUCAAAGCUCUUUAUCGCACUGUACUUGUGGCAGACCGACCAGUCAAUUUUCAUUUUCUGGAGCGGAAAGAUGCAUCCACUUAA